AUGACCUUGCACGCCAAGGAAGUCGAGUUGCGCCUAUUGCGCGCCAGACUCUUGACCAUAGAGCUGGAAAACAAAGAUGAAGAAGUGGCCAAAACGCACCAGUGCUGCAAGGCAAUCUUGGAGGAGUGCGGUAUCCAAUACUGCACGCUGCCGCUGUGGACAAUGGCCAUCGCGUGCGAGGGCUACUUCUGCGAGCAGGAGCGCCCGAGAGGGAACGUGCGACCAAUCGACCCAGAGAAGCUCCCAUCACCGAAGUCAUGGCGCGCCAUGUUCUUCUUGGAGGAGCAGAAGAAACGAGACUUGGAUCGCUUGUUGCGCGACGCCAUGAACGUGGUCCAUGACCUGAUCAUCUUGAGCGGUCCCACUGACUAUCAGCUGCGGCGCAUCAGCACAGAUAUUCUGUUCUGUAAAAAAAAUGUGGGUCUGUUGAUCAGCGCAGUCUACCGCCUAGACAGCACGAUCGGUCUAAUCGGGCCUGGUCGCAGGGACGCGGUGUUGCUCGUGGCAAAUUUGCCAAAUUUGCUGCGCCAUAUGCUGGACCGUGCGCUGCAGCUGGCAGACCUCUGGGGAGAAAACACGUUGUUGCAGCCUGUGCUUUACCACGACGAAGCGCAGGCAGGCAACAUCCUGUCUCUGCAGAAGCUAAAAAAAUGCUCCUUGUUCUACCUGACGUUUGACAUAUUCUUGCCUCUCUUCGGAGACACCGCGGCAUGGCUGCCGGUGGCAGUGCUACCAAAAGAGGAGCUGAACCAAAUAGAAGGCAUUGGCUGCGCGAUCGCUGCGGCGGUCAAGCACUGGCAAAAUUUCCACGGGAGCAGAGUCACCGGCUUGAAGCAGACCAUCCACCUUGCGGCCCACUGGAAGGUCCUGCUGGACGGCGACGCUCUCCGUGGAACUUUUGACCUGAAAGGUGCCGGCGGGAUUCGGCCAUGCAUGCUUUGCAGCAAUGUUCUUAAGGCGCACAGCAGAGUCGACGACGACCUGUUUUGCGAGAUCUCUGAGUGGAGAAAAGAAAAAUUUCUCACUCUCACAGACCGGGAGAUCUUCGCGCAAGCCGACGCGCUCAAGGUCAUAGAGGGCAAAAAGGCGAUCCAGGCCUUUGAGAAGUCUUGUGGCCUACGCAAAACGUUGCGUGGCGUGUUGAUGGACCCUGUGGCAAGGGAACUGCUGCCGCCAAGCCAAGCAGCAGUAGAUUGCAUGCACCUCUAUUUUGUGAACGGCUGCGCGAAUUUUGAGUUGGCGCUUCUCUGGCAGGCUAUAAACGCCGCCCUACCGCAGAUGACGCACCAUGCCCUCAAGCUCUGUUGUUUGGAAGCCAUGUGGCAAAGACCUUGGUCAAGUGGCCACAAAGGUCCGUCCCUCUUUGGAGAACUCUGGAGUGAGCACGCCUGGCACGCAGAACAGUUCAAAGGUGAGGCGUGGGCAACUUCGAUAGUGGUGCCUUUGCUGAACUACUACCUGGACAAGUUCGUGCGCCCGCGCGGGGUUUGCCCGGACGCCACUCGUUCGUUCGAGUGCCUGGCUUUGAGGUUUCGCUGGGCUCCCAUUGCAGAUUGGCAGGAAGUGAAAGAACUGGAUGCUUGGUCACACGUGCGCCAACAAUGCUUUGUGCGCUGUUAUUCAGCGGAAGCCUGCAGGCCGAAGCAUCAUUGGCGUCUGCACUUGGCUGAGUGGGCCAUGAUGCUCAAGUUCAUGCCAUACUGUGAAAGACAUGAGUCCAAGCAUAGAACCUUCAAGUCUGGUGGAUGUGGCGACCGCGAGGCACACCACGUGCACAAUCCCAGUGUCUACGCGUCCAAUGUGCUCAGCUCACUGCUACUGAUGCAGUUUGACGGGAGCGAUCUGACACCAUGGAAAUUACAUACGCCAGUUGUGUCGGCGCCAGACUUGCGCGGCUCGCAACAAUCAGACGGCGUGCGGAUCUGGUCCACAAAUGUGCGCAAAGGAGAUAUACUCCUCUUGGAUGUCGGCGCUCGCGCUGGCAUGAUGACAGGCGCCGUCUGCCGCGACGCUGCGCCCUUCAUUGAAUACGUGAACCUGCGUCUGACCUCUCGCGAGACAUAUGGAGCCAUCUUCGAGCGGGAGCGGACCUGCAAGCGCACUUUGCGCCAAAUCGACCUGAGCGGCUCUUUGCAAAUGCCUGUAUGGUGGUCAUGGGCCGGUGACAAAGUCACUUGCUUGUUUUAG